UGCUUGCCCUCAUCCAUCUCGUCGGCCCACCCUAAAGCACCUAAAGCAUGGCCGCCCAGAUUCAUCAAACGCCAAGUCUUUCAUCCGAUAUUCAGCGAGCGCUGCAACAGGCCGUCGGCGAAGUCAAUAAUGCAUUUACACAGUCCCAGGAUAACCAGUCAAAAAAGAAACGCACUCGUAACGAUUCAACUGGAGUCUCAGUAGACGGGUCUCAGAAGAAGCACAAGCGAAAGAAAACCUGUACUGACGAUGUUGAUGCAUUAACCGUGCAAGCCAGUGAGCAAGCUGUCGAGAUAGGGAAGGAUAAAAAGGACAAGAAGAAAAAGACUGACAAAGGGAAGGCAAAGGAGGUCGUACAGAACACCGUUGACACUCUCAGUCCUCAGUUGGUGGAAGAAGCACCAGAGACCCAUCCAACGAGCUCAGUCGAUUUUCUGAAUGCUGUUGUCGCUGCUGCAUCUGCUACAGCAGAUGCGCAGCAGCUGGAUGUUUCACCGUAUCAGGCACAUUCUUCUUACCAGGAUCAUCAUAUCAUGCCAAAUCUACAGCACAAUCACCCCUCACCUCCUUACAUGACGUAUCCUCCCAUGAAUUUCCCUUUUCCCUCUCCAGCACAUCCUUAUGGUCAGUCUUCAUCGCAUCCUACAAAUCUUCUUCCCAGCUUGGGGUUCCCCCUCCCCGAUGUCCAGUUGGCGUCAAAUGACGAGAUUCUCCGUGCAUUACAAGAACUUGAUAUGUCAAAACUUGCCGGAGUAUUGAAGACAUUAGGUGAUGCCGCCGCUGCUGCCAAUGUACCUCUUGGUGUUCCCCCAGGGUUUAUCCCACCUCUACCUGGUCAUUCUAAUAUGCAUCUACAACCCCCGCCUCAACCGAUGGGUCAGCCACCUUCUACAUCGGGAGCAAUCUUGAAUACUGCGCCCAAGUCGAUAAAGACAAGCCACAAGCGUGUUUUGGACAUGAGCCUUCCGGGGCCCGAACAUGGUAAUCCAGAUCAUGCCCACAUGUUGGCUAACAAGUGGAUGAACGCAACAAAACUGGCUGAGAUGGUUAAAACACAAGGUCUCGUUUACAAGAAGGGAAAAUUUUCUGCAAUUGAAGAGGAACAACUUCGGGCCGCUAUUGAAGCUUUCAAAGCGGGCCGAGGACUUACAGACGAUCAGCUCCAGGACAUCAUUUUCCAAAAGAACGAGAAAGGCAAAGACAACGCGUUCUGGUCGGAAAUCACUUCCGCUCUCGCCCUACGCCCUAUCAUUGCUGUUUAUCACCACGUUCGUAGGGCAUUCCACCCGAAGAAGCAGCAAGGCAAAUGGAUGCCCGAAGAAGAUGCAGUGCUAAAGCAAGCUGUUGCGGAUCUCGGUCAACAGUGGGAAAAAGUCAGUGAGAUUGUAGGUCGAAUGUCCUCCGAUUGUCGUGACCGUUAUCGCAACCAUAUCGCUAAUCGCGAAGUUCGGGUGACGGGCGCGUGGACAAAGGAAGAAGAGCAAGAGCUGACGGCAAUCGUCACGGAAAUGACAAUUCAACAGGGCAAAGAUUUUGAUAACGAUGUCUUCUGGGGGAAGGUGAGCGAUAGGAUGGGGAAUAGGCGUGGCAGACAACAAUGUCGAAUUAAAUGGACAGAUUCGCUGAGUAAAACCGUCAAAAAUGAAGGGCAAAAGCCACGUUGGAGCGCUCAAGAUGCCUAUAUCUUGGUCCACAAGGUAGACUCCAUGAACGUUAGGGAUGAUACUGAGAUCGACUGGAAGACGUUGCCCGAUUCGGAUUGGAAUUUAUGGAGUGCUCACUCACUCCAACGACGCUGGUUGACGAUGAAGAGAGGAAUUAAGGGGUACGAAGACAUGACCCACCAAGAAAUCAUGGAUAUUCUCCGAGUCAAGAAAGCCCACCUUCCUCCAGCUUCAGCAGCACGUAAACGAAAAGUAAUCAGUGCAGCAAACAUCGAUGAGCCAGCGGACCCAGAACUUGGAAAUGCGGGGCCAAGUGGUGUACAAGAAGGUGUAUCUGAUAGUCAGGAUAGAGAUGCUGAUGGGUCAACCGACGAUUCGGAUGAUUGAUUUUAUCGCCAUAGUUAUGAACCCCAGCAUAUACUUAUUGCUACCGUAAUGCUUCUCAACAAGUUUUGAUUUCGGGCCAGAUUGUUGAUAAAGUUGAGAUUUUGCAUUCAUAUCUCGCCGGUCAAACAACUCCAAGAAGACCAGCACUUCCUCUCAUCCCCCUCCCUCUUGCAGCAGCGAAGCUGAUGCACACGCAACUGAGCAGAAAGCCGGUGAACCUUGCAAAUUCGGUCAAUACCCAGCACAGCAAAAAUU